UCCUUCUACCUUCCGGUGUCACGCGACCGCCUCCUCCUCCUCCCUCCCUUCUUGGUCUACCUUUGGGCUGGGCUGGCUGGUGAUGAGAUACUUGGCUGCCGGCUGUGGAAGGGAAGACGGCUACAACUACAAUCAAGUCCACCACUGUUACCAUGGCCGAGAAUAACGCUCAGAAUAAAGCCAAGCUAAUCUCUGAGACCCGGCGGAGAUUCGAAGCUGAGUAUGUGACAGAAAAAUCAGAAAAAUAUGAUCCACGUGAUGUUGAAAGGCUUCAGCAAGAUGAUAACUGGGUUGAAAGUUACUUAAUUUGGAGACAUAAUGUUGUGGAUGAAACACUGAAGAUGCUUGAUGAGAGUUUUCAGUGGAGAAAAGAAUUUGCUGUCAAUGAUCUUAGUGAAUCCUCUAUUCCAAGAUGGUUAUUAGAACUUGGUGGUAUUUAUCUCCACGGUUAUGACAAAGAAGGUAACAAACUAUUCUGGAUCAGAGUGAAGUAUCAUAUAAAAGACCAGAAAACGAUAAUGGACAAAAAGAAGCUUAUAGCAUUCUGGUUGGAACGAUAUGCCAAGAGAGAAAAUGGGAAGCCUAUCACAGUGAUGUUUGACAUGUCAGAAACUGGACUCAAUAGCAUAGACAUGGACUUUGUACGCUUUAUCAUCAACUGCUUUAAGGUGUAUUACCCCAAAUACCUCUCAAAAAUAGUGAUCUUUGAUAUGCCUUGGAUAAUGAAUGCUGCUUUCAAAAUUGUGAAAAGCUGGUUUGGGCCCGAAGCAGUAAGUCUGUUGAAGUUUACAAGUAAAAAUGGAAUCCAGGAGUGAGUCAGUGUGGAAUACCUGCCUCCCCACAUGGGUGGGACAGAUCCUUUCAAGUAUAGCUACCCACCACUGGUAGACGAUGACUUCCAGACACCACUGUGUGAAAAUGGGCCGAUUGCCAGUGAGGAUGAAACCUCCAGUAAAGAGGAUAUAGAAGGUGAUGGGAAGGAAUCCUUGGAAACAAUUUCUAAUGAAGAACAACCAGUUCUGUCAGAAAAGACUAACCCAACUGAGUCUGCUUCCAAAACAGAUGAAACAGAAAAAGUUGAUUCAAAGAUGAAAACUUUUAAAAAGCCAUUGAGUGUUUUUAAAGGGCCCUUGUUACACAUCAGCCCAGCUGAAGAAUUAUAUUUUGGAAGCAUGGAGUCUGGAGAGAAGAAAACUCUAAUAGUGUUGACAAACGUCACGAAAAAUAUAGUGGCCUUUAAGGUGAGAACUACUGCUCCAGAGAAGUACAGAGUUAAGCCGAGCAACAGCAGCUGUGACCCUGGAGCUUCAGUUGAUAUAAUUGUUUCUCCACAUGGAGGCUUAAAAGUCUCUGCCCAAGACCGGUUUCUGAUAAUGGCUGCAGAAAUGGAACAGCCAUCUGGCACUGGGCCAACAGAAUUGACCCAGUUCUGGAAAGAAGUUCCAAGAAGCAAAGUGAUGGAACACAGGUUAAGGUGCCAUACUGUUGAGAGCAGCAAACCAAACACCCUCAUGUUGAAAGACAGUGCUGCGAACAUGUCAGAUAAAACCAGUGAAGAUCUCUAUCUGCAAUUUGCCACCUCCAGAUGUGAAACAGACUGCAGUCCACACUAAGUGCUGUGCACAGUAUCUAUGUCCCUGUAUGUUCACAGGGACCUCCCAAGUGGUAGAUUUGGGGCCUUAAUAUAAUCUCAUCCCGAAGUAUGUGUCUGUGCUUUUCAUUCCUCAUCAGAUAAUGAGGAAUCAAUUAGCCAAGAUGAGGAAUUUAAUUGUCCUAACAGUGUCCCUUUAAUGUUUCAUAAGAAAAUCAUGUUGACACACUAAAUACCCUUCCUUGCUUAAUGUCUGCUCAGUUGAAUUUAGUAAAAUAACUUGCUAGCAUUCAUUGUAAAGUAAAAUACAGGAAUGUAACAUACAUACAUUGUUACAUCACUCCUCAAAACCAUGUGGUGAAUGUGACUACAAAAAA